UUAUUGUUAUACAUUAAAUUAUUUAGAUGAGAAUUGGGCGUGUGGUUCAGCUAUUGAUCAAGCACGAAAUAAUAGUAAUGGUAUUAUAGCUGACGAUAUUGAUAAACAUCAUUGGUUACAUCAGUGGUCAUAUUCAACAAUACCACUUGAUUCUGAUCAACAAUUAAUUACAAUGUUACGUUCAUUACAACCAUUACUUGUUGAAGCAUUAAAAAAACGUAAUGUUAAUGGUUUAUGGAGUACAAUUGAUGGUCCAUUAACAUGGAAAUCUUUUCAUCAAUUAUUAUAUGUACAAAAUCAUCAUGCACAUCUUGAAGAACAAAUAAGUGGACCACAACCAAUACCAUAUAUACUUGCUGGUCUUGAUAGGGAAUGGAUUAUGUUAGCACCUUAUAGUGUUAAAUUUUGGGAUAAAUUAUGUCUUGAACCAUAUUCAAAACGAAAAGAUAUUGGUUAUAUAUGUGUUAUACCAGAUAAUGAUUAUAUAUGUUCAAUGACAAAAACAUAUUUUCGUGAAUUAUCAACACAUUAUGAAUUAUGUCGAUUAGGCAUACAUCGGCCUUUAUCAAAAGUAUUUUCUGAUCAAGGAAUUUUACGUAUAUUAUCACAAAAUAAUGAUUCAUUGCAACCUCCAAAUAUUGAUCAAUGGUUUACAGAUCAUGAAACUACGCAUCCACUUGGCAGUCGAUUAAAACUUUAUGCUCAAAUACUUAAAGAAAAACUUUCUAACAUUCUCUCCACACAAUUCUUCGAAAGCAUAUUAUUAGAAGAUAUUACAUCUCGUCGUGAUGCAUUUCGUAGCCCCAAUGAUUUAUCUUCAUCUUCAUUUGAUUUCCAUUCAACGGGAAAUGAUGUAACAAAUAAUGGCCAUUCAUUUUCUCCAUCAUCCUCUACAUCAACUAAUCUUACUGCAAAUAAUAUCUAUACAACUGGAUCCGCAGCUACUGACGUUCUAAAUGCAUCCACAAC